CAUAACAAGAGAGAAAGAGAGAGAGAGAGACAGUGAGGAAAAGAUAAACGGAAUUGUAAUCAGUGGAAGCUCUUCUAGGCCUCACAGUCAGGAGCAGCUCACACACAAUGGACAUUCCUCUGCCAGAAGAGAUCCCUUUGCCGGGGGUUGUUCCUGGCAGUAUGCCGAACAUGAACCGUGCUCCCCCACACCCCAGAGGCCCUGGUCUGCUCUCCACACCCACUCGGCCACCUCCCCACAUCAUCCUUCCCCCAGGACCUCCGCCUGACAUGUCCGUUCCUCCUCCAAACUUCAGUGUGCCUCCCCCAUUCAUGUCAACGCCACCGCCACGCCUUCCCAGGCCUUCUAAUGUGACCCCAAAGAAGCUAGGGGAAUCUACCGGCAAAGGAGAGAGAUACUCACCAAGUAGAGUAACAGUUGAUGACGAAGAGAAAGAUAGUUCACCGGCAACCACCACAUCAACCAACACAACUGUGACAUCAUCGCCAGCCUCUGAUUCCUCAGGGACAUCAAAGAUAGGAGUGAAGACAAAUUUACCCAAAUUAUUAGGGAAGGAUGCAGCCAAAAAGAGACUUCUUGCAUUCUCGGGAAAGGGACUGAAAGUUUCCUCAUUUUCACUAUCAAAAACAGUAAAGCCAGCCGUUAAGUCUGCUCUAGGGGAAGAAGAUGAUGCAGGGGACAAGAAGGAUAAGAAAACAGCAGUACAAGUGAAGAAAAAGAAGAAGGAGAAGGUGUCUAGUAUAGAGCAAAUUAGGGACGAGGAAUCGAGACUCCGAGAAGCUUUAGGGUUGAAAAAUGUGUUGUUCAAUCCGUAUGGGCCUGGGUUGGGUACCAUAGCCAGGCUGUUAGACAAUCCUGAAGGGUUGAAAAGAUUUGAGGACAAAGGCAAGACAGCGAAGAUCAAACUGGAAGAAUAUGAAGCUAGACAAAGUGAAAAGCAAAAAGACAGAGAGAAAGCACUAGGGAACAGAAGAAAAGAGAAAGAGAAGUCCUCAGACAAUGAUAAAGAGAAAGGUAGAGGCAAAGAUGGAGACCGAGAGAAAGACAAAUCAAAAGGGAGAGACAGUGAUAGGGAGAAGGACAAAGUGAAGGGUAAAGAAGGGGAUCGUGACAAAGAAGUAGACAAGGAUAGGAAAUUGGAGCAAAAGUCUGAUAGUGGCAAAGAGGACAAGUUAGAUUCUGGAAGCCAGAAGGAGGAAGCAAAGAAAAGACCUAAAAGAGUGCCAAAGACAUGGAGUGAAUUCAAAUCUGAGAACUUUGGCUUUGACCUCCUGAGACAAAUCAGAAGAGAACAGCUUAGGAGACGCAGCAGAUCAAGGAGUCGAGACAGGGACAGGAGGAGGUGGAGUCGCAGCACCAGCCGGGAUAGAGGUAGAAGUAGCAAACACCAGGAGAAAGGGCCAUUCUUAGAGGAAUCAAAAUUGUUAUAUACACUCAGAGCCAAGGGUUUGAAUGGUCUAGAUAAAGAGUACCAAGGCCAUAUGGUACAAUACACUGUAACUAAACCAUCUCUGUCAUAUUGCAUCAAUCCUUAUAGAUUCAAAGCACAUUUUCUGACCCGGCUGGAAGUCAAGAGAAGAGAAUCAUCUGAGACUUGGGAGAUCUUUGAGAAUUUUUUGGAAAUGGAAUCACAGUUUGAAAGGGAAAAUGUAUCUCAUGAAAAUGAAUCCAUCCCGGUCCUGGUAUCCCAAAUGCUGGGAGUUGGAGGUUCAAGAGAAAGUCAAAGAAACCGUGGAGGAGCAAGUACAAGAAGUUGCAAUAGCUGCCACAAAGUCUCGCUGGGACUCAGACAAUACAAAGAUGAGAGUUUGUCAUCAGAGGUGUGUGGUGCUGAUGAAAAAGUAGGGGAGCAAGCACAAGACCCGUGUACAAUGCCCUUCUCAGUAGGGCUGAAUGAAGAAUAUGAAGCAUUUAUGCAGAUGUUGGAUGGCAAUGCUGUGUCCAAAGGGGAUGGCAAAGUGGAAGACAAACUUCCUGUUGCUGAUAUCAAGGUUGAGGAUGGUAUUGACUCAACAACUGAGGUUAAGGAAAAAGUCAAGGCCAGGUCCAAGGAAGAAGUACCAAUAAAAGUUCAGAUGAGGAAGAGGAUACCAAGAAGACAGUACCGAGAGAAAGACAAAUCAAAAGGGAGAGACAGUGAUAGGGAGAAGGACAAAGUGAAGGGUAAAGAAGGGGAUCGUGACAAAGAAGUAGACAAGGAUAGGAAAUUGGAGCAAAAGUCUGAUAGUGGCAAAGAGGACAAGUUAGAUUCUGGAAGCCAGAAGGAGGAAGCAAAGAAAAGACCUAAAAGAGUGCCAAAGACAUGGAGUGAAUUCAAAUCUGAGAACUUUGGCUUUGACCUCCUGAGGCAAAUCAGAAGAGAACAGCUUAGGAGACGCAGCAGAUCAAGGAGUCGAGACAGGGACAGGAGGAGGUGGAGUCGCAGCACCAGCCGGGAUAGAGGUAGAAGUAGCAAACACCAGGAGAAAGGGCCAUUCUUAGAGGAAUCAAAAUUGUUAUAUACACUCAGAGCCAAGGGUUUGAAUGGUCUAGAUAAAGAGUACCAAGGCCAUAUGGUACAAUACACUGUAACUAAACCAUCUCUGUCAUAUUGCAUCAAUCCUUAUAGAUUCAAAGCACAUUUUCUGACCCGGCUGGAAGUCAAGAGAAGAGAAUCAUCUGAGACUUGGGAGAUCUUUGAGAAUUUUUUGGAAAUGGAAUCACAGUUUGAAAGGGAAAAUGUAUCUCAUGAAAAUGAACCAUCCCGGUCCUGGUAUCCCAAAUGCUGGGAGUUGGAGGUUCAAGAGAAAGUCAAAGAAACCGUGGAGGAGCAAGUACAAGAAGUUGCAAUAGCUGCCACAAAGUCUCGCUGGGACUCAGACAAUGAGGAAGGAGAGGAAGGCCAGCCAGCCCUAGAAUGGAAGGAAAGUGUGGAGGAAAAGGUCCUGGAGUCUAAUACAACAGCUCUCUGUGAAGACAAAGAUGAGAGUUUGUCAUCAGAGGUGUGUGGUGCUGAUGAAAAAGUAGGGGAGCAAGCACAAGACCCGUGUACAAUGCCCUUCUCAGUAGGGCUGAAUGAAGAAUAUGAAGCAUUUAUGCAGAUGUUGGAUGGCAAUGCUGUGUCCAAAGGGGAUGGCAAAGUGGAAGACAAACUUCCUGUUGCUGAUAUCAAGGUUGAGGAUGGCAUUGACUCAACAACUGAGGUUAAGGAAAAAGUCAAGGCCAGGUCCAAGGAAGAAGUACCAGUAGAACCCAGUUUUGGUAAUCAAACAAGUACUGGUAUAAAACAAGAAGUACUUUCAGAGGUGGAUUUAGAUUCUGAUGAAAAACAAGAUAAAAGUUCAGAUGAGGAAGAGGAUACCAAGAAGACAGUAGAGGAAAUGAAAAGGAAAGAAAGAAUGGAGAGAAAGAUGAAGAAGAAAAUGAAGAAAGCUAAGAGGAAACAGAAGAAGGCAGAGAAAAAGGCAAAGAAAAAAGCAAAAAAGGAAAUGAAAAGAAAGGAGAGAGACAGGGAAAGAGAAAUGGAUGAAGGAAGGGGAAACAGUGACUCAGAUGCUGAAAGUGAACAGAUGCUUGACACACCAAGAAAAGGGAAGAGAGAAAAGAGAAGUGAAUCCAGGGAGCUGAGCAGAGAGAGAGAGACUGACAGAGGAAAUUUAUGCGAGGUAAAAAGAAAUGAAAAGAGAGAAGGAACUCUUGAUCAGAAAGUAAUGAGGGGAGUAAGUAUUAGAGAGAGUUCAGAGAAAGAUAAAGGUAGUGAAAAAGAAAGAGAGACCGAUAAAAACAAGUCAAGAGUAUAUAAAGAAAAGUAUGACUCCAGGGGUCUAAGAGAUAGAGAAGAAAGUGAUAGUGAUACAAAGGAAUGGGAGAGAAAGGAGGAACAAGAAACUGAAAAGGCUUGCAGAUGGCCCGAGAAAAGGAAGCAUUAUGAGGGAGGUAAAGAUUACAAGAAAAAAGAAAUAAAGCCUGAAGAUGUGCUUGAAUCUGGAGACAGAAAGUUUGAGAGAACCUACAAAGAUUCAGUAAGUGACACUAAAGCAAAAGGGAAAAUCCAUACAUUUGAGGACUCUGAAGACAGCCCAACAUACACUCCACCAAGGAGAGGUAGUAGUGAUGAGAGUGAAGACAAACCGGCAAAUAGGCAUGGGCAUGAUAGUGAUCGUAGUGUUUCUCCAGAUGACUGGAAAAGAAAGGAUGAGCCACCAUCCCCUCUGUCCUCUGAGGCCAGUGUUGAUUCUCUUGACAGGACGAGCAGGAGGAAAUUGAAAUCAAAAGGUCAUAGAAAAAGAGGGAAGAGUUGGGUUGAAGAAGAGCAGAAUUCAGACACUAAUCAGUCAUGGAGAUCUCACGAUUCAUCAUCUCCUGAGUAUUAUUCAUCAAAGUUGUCAGAAAAAGACUCCAGAAAGACUGAUUCUGCAAAGUAUGUGCCAAGUGACACCUCUGGAUAUUGUGACUUGAGUCGCUCAUCCAGUCCAGUGUCUGAACCAGAUUUAGCCAAAACUUCAACUGCAGAAUCUAGUGAGGAUGACAAUGAGGAUUAUAAGAGUGACAAGUUGUAUGAGAAGAGAGUGGAUACAUCAGAGGUUAUCAGUUUCUCCCUGGAUGACAUCCCAUACCCACCAGCUGGCUGUCCACCAAGCAAAAAUGAGGAGAGUCAAAGCAGGGUUCGCAGGGAAAGUGAGAGGUACAGCCCCUCUAACAUGUCCAUGUCUCCGAGCCCAUCAUCAUCAUCGCCGUCACCAAAUCAGUCACCGGCUCGCUCACUGUCCUCAUCGCCAGCACUUCAGAUUCCUUUGCCUCCAACGUCUGUCCAGAACAUCCCUAUCCCACCACUUCCAGGAUCACUUCCAAAGGGCCCUCCUCUGCCACUGCCUGAUCUCAAGAAGAUUCCCAUUCCUCCUUCAGGAAUACCCCUUCCAUCAGUUAAGCCACCAGUACCUCAGGCAAGAACAAUCUCAAGUUCACAGCAGGCAAGCCAUAUGCCAGUUGGACCUCCAGUAGUACCCAAAGGGCAAGUACCUUUACCCAUUCCUCCACCCAUGCCACAGAAUACUUCUUCCAUGGGAUCGGUCCACACGAGGCUUCCUGCCACACAGGCUGUUGCUCCACCAUCAAAGUUGCCUUUUACACCUGGGGGACCAACCCUUCUAACUCCAGCACAUGUUCCUAUGUCUGUGCCUCCCCCUUCCAUUCUUCCUCUCUCGGUACCUCCACCUACACCAUUAUCAGUUCCUCCACCUACAGGUGUCCUACCACCUUUGCCUUUACCAAAGGAGUCACUGCCAGAUAAAGCAAAACUGACGUCCAGACCAUCAUCUCAGGACCAGUCCAUUCCUCCUGUAGCUUUAUUAUCUCCCACGUCAGUUCCCCUGCCAAGCUCAGCAUUAAACCUAGAUAAUGAAUUUAGUCAGAAAAAAGCAAAUGAGGAAGCCAGUUCAGUAAAAAGUUCUAAGAAUGAAUCUGAUGACACCACUGGAAUGGUUUCAACACAGUGGGUGGAAAAGAACUGUGACCUUGAAGCUUCAGAGGAUGAUAAUAGUAAAGAUAUGAGUAAGAAUUCUCGUUCCAUACCAAUUACAUUUAGGCUAGGAGGAUCAAAACAAGGCAGUCUUAAACGAUUGCAGAAGGGUCCAUUAUUACCGGAAUUCAUUCAUGAAGAAGAAGAAGAGGGCCUUCGAGGAAAGCCUGUUGAUGAAGAUGACGAUGAUCAGUCAUCAGAGUUAGCAGAGACAUCUGAUGUAUUUGAUGCACAGAAGGUCAUGCCAACAUCAUCAAGGUCAUGGGAAUCUUCAAAGGAUGAAAUGCAAGAAGCAAAAGGCUUAAAAGAGGAAAGCCCUCAGAGCCUGCCAGUGUCUAAGGGGCGAACGAGGAGAUCAAGAUCGAGAUCUCCACGAAGGAUCAGAUCUUCGCAGAGAAGCAGAUCACCACAGAGACGGAGAUCACCAUCAAGGAGCAGUUCUGUCCAGAGGGAAAGAUCACCAAUGAGGGGCCACUCAAGAGAGAGAAGUAAAUCCCCAAGGAUGAGCAGAACACCAUUAAAGAACCGUUCUCCAAGGAGGAGCCGCACUCCUUUACAGAGUAGGUCCCCUCAGAGAAGCAAGUCUCCAAAAAGAAGUAGAUCUCCAAGAAGAUCUAGGGACUCAAGAUCACGUAGUUGGUCCCCAAGGAAGCUUGGAAACCGUAGAUCUCCAGACAGAAAAAGAAAAAUGUCACCCGAGUUUAAGAGGCAAAGAAGUCCUGAAAGAAACAAGAGAAUGGAGGCAUUUAGUCCACGAAGGUCGGUACGUCCAAAUAGGGAAGCAAAGUCCCCAGUCCGUGUCUUGGCCCCUCGACAGCCAAGGGAUAGACGGUCUCCUAAGCGAUAUCGCAGUCCAAGUCCCUCCCCUGUAAGAGAAGAUAGAAUAGGAUCACAUUUUGCUAGCCCUGAUUCAAGACAUAGUAGGAGUCCAGAGAAAAGAAUACCGACCGUACACCAUGGACCAAGAACUCCAGAUAGGUCAGAGAAGACAGAAUCUGUCCGGUCACCGCAACAUGGUUAUCAGAGUGAUCUUGGAAGAGAGAGGACAGCAAAACGAACUCUAGAACGAUCACAGUCUCCAGAAUUGCACGAUGAACGUAGAGGAUAUUCUCAGGGUCGAUUAGGCAGACAGGAUUAUAGAGCCAGCUGCAGUCCAGAUUCAAGAAGUCCAGAUGGCAGGAUUGUACACCAUCAUAGUCCUGUCCGCAGAAGUCCUUCAUGGAGCCCAGCAAGGCAGCAUGGCCAGAGCCCCGGUUGGCGAAGUCCUACAAGACAACGUGCUCAGAGUCCAGGUUGGAGAAGUCCCCAUUACAGGAGCCCAGAACGUCGGUCUCAUUAUUCACCCGGAAGAGACCAGCACAGUCCUGUUCAUCGCUGGAGCCCACAUAGGUCUCCAGGAAGAUCACCACGAAGGUCCCCUCAUCACAGAGCUUCUCCUGGUUCCCCUCUUUGGAGAUCCCCUAUACGUAGGUCACCAGGAAGUAGGUCACCAAUGAGAAGGUCUCCUAUUCGCCGAUCCUCACCAAGGCGUUCUCCUCUACGCAGGUCUCCCUUGAGAAGGUCUCCUCUCCGAAGGUCACCUCAUAGAAGAUCACCUGGAUGUAGGUCACCUCUAAGAAGAUCACCUCUGCAGAGGUCACCCCUGCGGCGAUCGCCAAGGAGGUCUCCAAGAAGGUCUCCUCGAAGAUCACCACGAAGGUCACCCAUUCGGAGAUCCCCCAGACAUUCCCCAAGAAGAUCGCCUAGGAGGUCAAUGUCUCCCAGUGUUGACAAUGGUGACUAUGAACAUCAUGAUCAGGGAUGGAAUGACUGGGAGUGGUCACGGGACAGGGAGAGGGAGCACAGUCAAGACCGAGAGCAUAACCAUGAUGAUCCAGAGCGCUGGGUCAGCCGCCCCUUGAGUCCAAGAUGCAAACCAGAACCUGAGGUCUACUACAGUCAGCACUCUAGGAAUAUCAGUCGUAAUGAGGACACCAUUAAGAUUGACGCAGACUCCACUAUUAGUGACUCUGAACUCACGGGCAGAAGAGAACAGCUGGGACGAAUGACAAGGGAGUCAUCACCUUCAACCUCACCAAGAGACUCUCCACGACGCCUGUCAUUGGAUGAACGAUUGCAGCAAGAGCAUGGCCUUGAUGUUGAGGAAGAAAGGCAGAAAAGAUUACAGCAACAACAGCAGCAACAGCAGCACCCAGCACGUCAUCUUUAUAAUUGGGGAUACCAAGCUCAUCCAGUGCAGGUUCACCAGUUUCAUUAUGCGUAUGAGGGUGGUAGUGAAGGUGGUGGUGAUGGUGGUGGUGGUGGUGGUGGGAAUGAGAGCGUAGGUGGUGAAGCAUCCUCUCGGGUCAUACAGGUUGGAAAUAUGCUCCAGGUGCUCCCGCAGGACCCGUCAGCUACCCCCACUCCAUCUUCGAUGAUUGUCCAAACCGGAAAUGUCAUCCAAGUUGUUCCAGCAGAGAACAUGCAGAUGCUGGGUGCAGAGAUGGUGCCAGGGAUACCAGUGUCCAAUGGGGGCAUGAUGAGCAGUGUGGUGCAGGUAGUGGCUGGAGGUGUGGUGGGCAUGUCGGGUUCAUCUCCGGCCCCCGUCCCACCCCCUACAUCUUCGUCUACAGCACCCAUCUUAGCCUCUCCAGCAGAUUCCUCGCCUGGAAAAACCCGGUCGACCCUUAUGUCCUCAGUUCCAUCAGCUAUCCCCAUGCCAGUCCCUUCCUCCAUUCCCUCACCAGUUGCCACACAGGGCUCCACUACAGCUACGGUCAAUUCACCUGCUGCAGUGGCUUCAGGUACCCUGUCAGGGCCAGCACCUGCCCUGAUGUCUUUGUCCCCCUCUGCUCACACAGCUGGGUUACCUGUGGCCCACCUCAUCUCCCUCAUCCAGCAGCAGAUGUCUGGCAUUACUGACACUGUCAUAGACCCAGAAGUGGCUGCCGCUGAGAAGGAAAAAGCCAAGCAAGAAAGAAGAGAGAGGAAGGAAAAGAGGAGGCGGGAAAGAGAAGCCAGGCGUGAGGCGAGACAGCGCGAGAGGGAUAGGCAGAGGGAGAGGGAUCUGGCACAGCAAGAAGAGUUAGAAAAACAACUGUCAGACACUGAGGAUGAAGUUCUCAUUAGGGAAGCCAUGUCAGAAGUUCCAGUGAUUGGUUCUCCUGUACCUGAGUAUGAGGUUCUUGGAGAUGAUGAUGAGGAGGAGGAUGAGGACGAUGAGUCUGGUGAGAGGAAAAAACGGCGGCUCCUACCUGUCCCUCUGCCGCCUGCUGAGAAGGGCAUCCUCAUGAGCCCAAGUUACAGAUAUCGUGUUGAUUAUCGUCCCAAAGCGGUCAAGUUUGCAGAUGGAAUCCUGCCUGGGGAAGGGACAUCUCCUUCUGGUGGUGAGGAAAUCCACUCCCCACCUCCCCCAACAGCAAAGGCCACUAAGACCAAGGAAAAGAAACUGCGCAAGAAGCGGAAAGUCAAAGUAAAAAUCAUAAAACAGUAUAAUGUGAAUGAUGACGACAAUGACUCACCUCCACCACCACCACCUGGCUCACCACCACCUCUUGCUGCCAUCAAACUGUAUCCUGGCUACACCCAUUAUAGUUACACUGCUCCAGGAACAGCUGUAAUCUAUACGCAACAGCCGCAGCAAGCAUAUGCCUAUACAUCAGGCCAGCAGGGUGCUGUUGCAGUGCCUGGUGGAAUGGUCUUACAGUCAGGGACUGGUACUCAGCCACAAGCAGCAAUAAGUGGAUUAAGUGGAGUCUCCCCAGGAGUAUUGCGAUAUCCAGGCUAUGUCUACACCACAGUCUAUUCAGCUGGACAGCAGUUGCAGUAUGUUUUACCAACUCCACUAACAUCACAGUCUGCUGUAUCAACUCAAAAGAUUGCAAAGAAAUAAUUGAAUGAUGUUAAAUAAAGGUGUUAUGACACAUUCAUUUACAAGAAUGAGAACUUUUCUGAAAGUCCGCUGUAAAUUGAAGUAUUAUGUCUAAUGAAAUUGAUAUGAAUUUAAUUUGUAAAAUGUGUAUGUAAUUAUUCAGAAUAUCCAUUUUAGCAAUGUGAAUAUAUUUUUGCUCAUAUUCUUAUGGGAAAAGAAUAAUCAUAAAAUCAUAAACCAAAGACUUUCGGAGUCAGAACUCGGCUGUUGUUCAGUGUGCAUGAUUGGAGAGUUCCCCUUAGUGAAGAGAGUGCAUGAUAUUUUGAAUGCCAAUGAAAAAUUUGGUACUACAGAUACAGGCAAGUGUCCAAGAUUUAACCUCUUGAAUGUGUCACCACUGUUUAAAGACAAAUGCAUAUGAAUUGACAAAAUGAUUGGAUGAAUUGCAUCUGGUUAGUACUAUUAGUAGAAGUUUCAACUUAGAAGAAUGUUCAGUGUGGGCCGUAACAGAAUCACAGCUUUGAAAAUGGUCUAAGGAGGAAAAGAAAAUUGAAAUGUAAGGCAACAACUGACAGUAAAUGUAAUUUAUUUGAGUGCCUUAACUCUAUACCAGUGUUUGCCAGAUUUUUUUCUUUUCUUUUCUUUUUUUAAAAUUUAUAUUCUCAGUGUAUUUUCACAGAUGAUAUAGAUAUUCAAUGAUGUAUAUGAAUAUCUUUUUAAGACAAUUCAAAAUAUUUAUAAUCUCAAUGGAUUUACUUAGAUUAUUCAGAUAUUCAAUAGUAUAUAUGAAUUUCAUUUUAAAAGAAUAUUUACAAGUGAGACAUUCAUUUGAAACUACAAACUUACUCAUAUUGGGAAAGAAAAUUUCUUGUGCAGACACACACACACAUACAUAUACAUGCAUAUACAUACAUAUACGUGUGUACAUACAUAUAUACAUACAUACAUAAUGUGUUUAUAUAUAAUGUAAAGCUAUAUAUAUAAUAUAUAUGUAUAUAUAUAUAUUAUAUAUAUAUAUACAUGCAUACAUAUAUACAUAUAUAUUAUAUAUAUAUACAUGCAUACAUAUAUACAUACAUUUACAUACAUACAUACAUACAUUUACAUACAUAC